CCCGUUGGGCUGAGCACUAACAGUGAGCAGUGAGCAGUGAGCAGUAAGCAUUGGAUGGCAAUAAUAAUGCCCCCGUUUUACCUGGCGUUGCGUUGCUGAAACGAUUGAAAGCGGUUGUCUUACUCCUUGGUGUGAGUAUUUGGAUUAUCUAUGCCUUGCCACAGACAAUUAGACGUCUUUUGUGGCAGAGAAGAGUAAUUCCAGGCUCACUUGAAGUUGGUACGUCGUAAUUCGUAUUGGUGCCUCACGUGAUGUUAGGUCAGGUGGGGGCGGCCGGGUUUCUGAUGGGGGCAAAACAGCUUGACUGACACCUCGGAGUGUUCACUGUUCAGGAGUAACUGGUGCCGCGCAGUUGCAUCCCGCCGGUUCUGUUUACAAUCGUCGAAUCAUAAUGGACGUCAACACCAACCCCUUGGAUGUGAUCCUGCUGGGGCCCACAGGCUAUACGGGUCGGCUGUGCGCUGAGCACAUCGUCCGCCAUCUCCCUACGGAUCUGAGAUGGGGCAUUGCAGGCCGUUCGUUGGCGAAACUGGAAGAUCUGGCGAGGGAGCUUGAAGAUCUGAACCAGGAUCGUAUCCAGCCAGAGAUCCUGGCGGUGCAGCUCAACCUCGAGGAAUUAGGUCCUCUCGUCCAAAAGACCAGACUGCUCAUCAACUGCGUUGGUCCAUACCAUCUGUACUCGACGCCAGUGGUUGAGGCCUGUGCUCUCCAUGGAACACACUACAUCGAUGCCACGGGAGAAACUCCGUGGAUCCGGACCAUUAUUGGCAAGUACCACGAGACUGCCAAAGCAAAUGGUGCGAUAAUAAUUCCAUCCGUGGGUGUUGAGAGUGUGCCGUCAGACCUGCUCACCUGGUCGCUUGUCAAACGAAUCCGCGAGGAGUUCUCCUGCCCGACCAACGAAGUAAUUUCCUCAAUCAACGAUCUCCGAUCUCCCGGUUUCAGCGGCGGCACUCUCUCCACGGUCCUGACCAUCAUUGAAAGCCUGUCCUUCUCCGACCUGCUUCAUGCCUCCAACCCCUUUGCUUUAGCCGCCCCGUCAGCUCCAAGGGAGACCAAGGCGCUCCCUCGGAAAUCCGUCCUGGAGACGGUGCUGGGCGUGCGCUCCGUGCGGGACCUAGGCACCCUCACCACUUCCCCGAAUGGGAUCGCCGACCAAGCCAUCGUCUUUCGCAGCCGGUCCCUAAUGCUGGAGCUGUACGGCCCGAACUUCUCCUUCCGACAGUACCAGCGGGUGCGCAACGUGUUUGUCGGCGUCCUGGUCCACUACGCCCUGCUCAUCGGCUUGAUGCUCCUCGUCCUACCCCCCGUGCGCAGCCUACUCAAGCGUUACAUCUAUGCACCCGGGCAGGGCCCGCGUCUGAAGAAAACUAACGCUGCCGCCGCAACUACUAACUACGUCGUGGAUUUCUGUGCCGUCGCGACGCCCGACCUGCCGCCCGACCAGGCCGCCAAACAUGUCUUUGGCCGGAUCAAGUUCCGCGGAGACGCAUACACUUAUACCGGCCUACUACUCGCCGAGGCCGCCAUGGUCAUCCUGACCAACGAGGAGAAAGUAAAGAAGGUGUCGCGCGGGGGGAUCGUCACCUCAGCAACGCUGGGACAGGAAUAUGUAGAUCGGUUGAGUGAGGCUGGCUGUCUGAUUGAAAGCAAAGUCUUUGAUAACUAA